AGAGAAGACCACGAGAUGAAAAGUCUGUUGCUGACCUUGGUGGUGGUGACAAUCAUGUGCCUGGACUUAGGUAAGGCCCUCCCAAAUGCACCUGAGAGUUGGAGGUCAUGUAGGACCUGUUUGUGCCCUGCCUGGGUUCCUCUGAGGUCACGGCCUGUUACGGGACACUCUAAGCAAUGCAAGGAAAGGGGAGCCUUGGACUGGAGAGCCCCAUUUUUCUCUGCAACAGCCCAGAUGGGAGGGGGAAAACCUUCUUUAGAGAAAGGGGGAGGGAAAGAUUGGGAGACCUACAGGUUUGUUCAGGAAUUGAGGGAAAUUGGAUGAAGCCAUGAAACAUCCAAGAAAGGUGCCAUUUCCCCUGUGUCAUGUCGAAACUCAGGACUUUCCCAGAAAUCUCUUCUCCAUUCAUUUACUCCUGAGUUUUGAGUAGAGGAGGAAGGAGGUCUGCCUUCCUACUGGCAGGGGAUGCAUGAAUGUGUUCAGCGUGGGUUUACCAUUUUGUUCAGCAACAGCCA